AUGGAUCUGAAUUUUUACUCUGAUCUGUCGGGUAGCUGUGGGCAGAAUGUCGACACGGAGUUCUUAGACACUCAGGCAUAUGGGGAAUACUCAGAGAAUAAGUUUCCAGGCAGCAGUGACAAUUACCUGACCAUCACCGGAUCAGGGCACCCUUUUCUGUCUGCAGAGCAGACAUUUCAUACCCCAAGCCUAGGCGAUGAGGUAUUCGAGAUCCCUCCGAUUUCCUUGGACCCGGAUUCAGCCCUCAACGUCGGCGAUGUAGUGUCCCACUUUGGGGAGCUUUCAGAUGGCUCGGACGGUGUGGUUGGACAGGUUGGCUCCAGAAGCCUUGUUAGCAACCUGGUGGUCGGAGCCAACGAUCCGUCGUUCGCCUCCACCUUCGUCAACAGCGGCUCCCAGGGCAUCGAACAUCUGAACCUGGGGGUGAUGAGCCAGAGCGGAGCUGGAGCUCUGCUUAGCUCUUCGGCUCUGACCACUCUUCUACAGGAACUGGGGAAUUCGAACGGAUCCCACUUCAGCAGCUCCUCGCCCAUGACCAUCGACGUGCAGCUCGGGGACAUCGGCCACGGCCUCCUCGGCAGCAGCCAGCUGUCCACCAUCAACCAGUCUGAGCUGGGGCUGGGCCUCAGUGCGGGCAACAUCCUGCUGCAGACCAACUCUCCUGAUCAGCCGCUGUCAGCCACCGCGUCCCCCGCCGGCUCCCUGCAGGACGACGACAUGGACGACUUCCGGAGUGUCCUGGUCGACUCCCCCAUGUCCCUCUCCUCUGCCUCCUCCUCUGGUCCCUCCCAUAUGCCCCCCCGCCCCACCCUGCUGGCCUCGGCCCCCAUCCGGAGAGGGGGGGGCAAGCCGGCCACACUGGCCUCGGUGACGGCCCUGGCGGCGGCUGCUGCGGCCGGCAAGAGGGGCCGGAAGAAGAAGGACCCCAACGAGCCCCAGAAGCCUGUGUCGGCGUACGCGCUCUUCUUCAGGGACACGCAGGCCGCCAUCAAGGGCCAGAACCCCAACGCCUCGUUCGGAGAGGUGUCCAAGAUCGUGGCCUCCAUGUGGGACAGCCUGGCCGAGGAGCAGAAGCAGGUGUAUAAAAGAAAAACAGAAAUGGCUAAGAAGGAGUAUCUCCAUGCGAUGGCAGCAUACAGAGCCAACCAGAUGUCCCAGCCCUCCAGCGAGGUGAUGGAGACCAGCCCCUCCCCCCCGCCCCCUGCUCCCCCCCCCGCUCCCCCCGUGGUCGCCAUGGUGCCGGCCGCCCGCCUGGCCCCCAGCGGGCCCCUGGAGGAGAACACCAUCACCAACAUCUGCGCCUCCAACAUCAUCCUGGACGUGCCCGAGGUCACCACGCGCUCCCGCACCGGCGCCAACAAGCCCAUGCUGCCGCCGCUGGGCAGCGUCACCAUGACGACCUCCUCCUUAGUGCCCCCCGGCGUCACCAAGAUCAUCAUCUCGCGGCAGAUGCUGCCGGCGGGCGGGCAGGUGGUGACGGUGCUGCCCAGCGGCGUGCGCACGCUGCAGCCCGUGGCCACGUACAGCGCCGCCGCCCGCCUGCCACCGCCACUGCAGCAGAUGCAGCAGAUGCAGCACGGCCCGCCGCGCCUCCAGCAGAUGGCGCCGGCACCGCCGCCGCUGCAGAUGGCGUCCAAGCCCCGCGAGGGCGGUGUGGCCUCGGCCAUGUCGGCCGCCGGCGCCGCCGUGCCCCCGCCCCCGCUGCAGAUCAAGAUCGUCCCCGCCUCCGUCCAGGGCGGGAAGGGCGGGCCCGUCAUCGUCACCACGGCGGCGGCGGCGGUCCUGUCGGCCAGCGCCCUGUCCACCGCCGUGUCCGGGCCCAGCCUGGCGCUGCAGGUGGUCAACUCGUCCCACCUGGACGGCCACGCGGACGAGGAGGUGGUGGCCGAGGUGUUCUCGUCGGAGGAGACGGACAUGGAGGUGGGGGAUGCCCUGGAGGGCCACAGCAUGUGCGUCCGGGCGGGCUGCACCAACCCUGCGGUGGACAGCACCGACUGGGACCGGGAGUACUGCAGCAAUGAGUGCGUCGCCGACCACUGCAGGGAUAUCUUCAUGGCUUGGUGCUCCAUCCGCAGUCACAACAUGGGCACGGUGAAAUAAAGACGGUGACAGUUGAAACGGGACUAAGACUAAGACACCCCCCUCCCUCCCCCAGACUGAGGACCUUCAGUGAGAACAUCCUAUUUCUGCACACCAGACACUAACAUCAACACCUUCCCCUCCAGUCUUCUGCUGAGCUUGAAAACAAACACACCGAAAACAGGAUUUUCUUUUAUGACUAGUCGUGACUUUAUUUUUAUCGUCCAUAUGUUGCUGAUGUGAGAAAAUAAAAGCGAAUCAUGGUUGCGCCCUGUUGACUCUAGGGAGAAAUUACAGUCAGAUACCUUAUUUGUACUUAGUCAGCUGUGUGUGUGUGCGUGUGUGGGGCUCUAUGGUGAGCAUGAUGUAUAUGUAUUUUAAAUGCAGGAAAAACGUUUUUCAGUCAGUUUUCACCCAGUGGGCCGGAAGACCAGCAUUUAAACAAUCCUAUUUUAUCAUUACUGGAUUCUCAAAAUAAUGGAAUUUAGCAACGGGGCACUACAAAGGAUUUAUUUUAUACAACCUUAAUAACCGAGAAGCUUAAAUGUAUUUGUUUUCUGUUACAAACGUAUGAGAAUCCGAAAAGCUACUUUUUUUGUAAAUGUGAAAAAAGUCGUAUGGUGGUCUCUUGCCGAAAGGAGAGGGUAGUUCAGUGUUAAAGCCGCCGCCCCCAAGCGCCCGGUCUGCUUUAGUGAGGGAACCAUUUGUAGCAGCAGAUGGAUCCUGUAUAAUGUAUCUCCACUCGUUAUACAAAACCACCUCCUGGGGGAAUCGGAGCGUUGUCCGACGGCUCUCGGUUUGAGUCCCUGACUGAAACCUUCUGCAGUGUUUCAAUGUAGUAGAACGGAACUUGAGAAAUGUAGUUUUGCGCCCCAAGAAAACCGUUUGUAUGAUGGAGAAGUUUAAUCUUUUGUAUGAUGGCUGGCGGCCCCCUGAUGGUUCCAUGUCGAGUGCCAGAGGGUGGAUCUGUACAAAUGUUUGUUUUUGACUUUCGUUUUUUCGAAAUAAAUGAGCAAGAAGAAAAAUGAGACUCAAAGGCAUUUCUUGUUGCUUGGGAAUAGUUAGUUAUUUAACAGCUGUGAUUGGACUUAGGUUUAUUUAGCAGGUAGGCGUACAGAAACAUUAUUUUAGGUCCUGCCAUCCAAAGUAGAUAUUAGGUGUGUCUGUUUAGCAGGUUUAUGGGUUAUUGUGUGUUUGUCUUCUUAUGACUAGGAAGCAUACCAUGAGAUUAAAGAAUGUUUUGUACCGGUAAUCAUAAGUUUAGACAUUUAGUUAUCUUUAAUAGUAUUAAUUUUGUCUUUUCAAAUAUACAUUUUGUUUAACAGCUGUACAAAUUCCCCCAGUUCUUUUUUUACUCUGUUUAAAAGUGAACAUUAGUCCUAAAACCCAGGUGGACAGGAAGUGGAAGUACAUCAAGAACUUCCUGUGUGCAAAACAUUUCUUGCUGAUGGUGAGACAGCCCAAAUUAAAAUUGAUAGCCAAGACUGUUAUUAAAUUGUGAAAGGAUGCAUUUUGUUUGUGCACUUAAUUACGUUGGGAACAAUGUUCAUAUUGUAUCUCAAGUCAAGUUCAGAAAACAAGUUAUCCUAACGCUGUCAUAGCGUCUUAUCAAAAGUGAUUCAUCUUUUAGAUAUUCUUUACAAAUACUAAAGAAAUCCCUGAGAAAAAAUAUCAUUGCUUCAAAUAUCAAUUUGAAGUAAAAGAUCAAAAUCAAAUAAACAAAUAUUCCUCCACCUUAAUCUGUGCCAACACUCUUUUGAACAGUUUUGUUCAUAUCCACAAAUAGAGCAGUUCCUGCAAAUAAAAUCCAAGCAAUACCCGUGCUGUAAAGAUCGCUGUGCUAAUGUCCAGUCAUAGUCUGUUGGUAAUCCGGAUAUACUUCAUAUUCACGAGGUAAUACAUUCAACUCUCCCUGACUGGAGAACUGCAACCUUCAUGAUGAAUUCAUCGAGAACCACUAGGGGGCGACACCCU